AUGGUGAAGUUUCUGAAACCGAACAAGGCGGUGAUCAUCCUCCAGGGGAGGUACGCCGGCAGGAAGGCGGUGAUCAUUCGCAACUUCGACGAUGGUACCCGCGACCGCCCUUACGGACACUGCCUGGUGGCCGGUCUAGCCAAGUACCCGCGCAAGGUUAUCCGCAAGGACUCUGCCAAGAAGCAGGCUAAGAAAUCACGCGUCAAGUGCUUUAUCAAGCUGUCCAGAGACAAGAAGGUGACUGCCGCUAAGGAAGCCAAGGCACGGUUCGAGGAGCGGUUCAAGACUGGGAAAAACCGCUGGUUCUUCACCAAGCUCAGGAUAGAGGAAGUCUUUUCUUUACCAUUUUCUCUUCUUCUGACUGGUGCUGGGAUUGAAUUACUUUGA